AUGGAUAAAGAAAAAGAAAAAAAUAAACUAUCAUUAAAAAAGUUACAUAAAAAUACAUUAAAAAAGUUUCUUUCGAGUAAUGAUAGCUCAUCGACGGGUAAGGAUGACUCUGAAAAAAAGAAAUCUAAAAAGUUAUCGAAAAAGAAAUUGGCAUUACAACAACAGCAGCAACAACAGCAGCAAUUGCAAAUAAAGCAACAACAGCAACACCAGAUACAAUUACAACAACAGCAACAACAGUUACAAAAGACACUAAAAUUAAACCAAGAUGAUGACGAUGAUGAAGAUGAUGAUGAUGACGAUGAAGAUAACUCGAGUGAUGAAGAGGCUGCUACAACCCCAACUGCAACAUUACCAAAAGACUUAUAUAUUAACACUGUAAAUAAAAUGCGAAUAGAAUACUCAAAGCCCAUUCAGUUUACUCCAUUUGAAAAAGCCAUGCAAAAUGCACAUGAUGAUUCAUCACAUUUAAUAUUUAUAAUAUAUUGUGUUGAUUGGUUCUUUGAGAGCCGUCAAUUGGUAUCAAAUGUUGAACAGGUUUUAUCAAAAGAUAAAAAUAUACUAUAUUAUUUCGUUAAUCAAUAUGACAAAGAAUAUAAAGGAGGUGAUAUACCAGGUGUACCAAUUAUUUCAAUUUAUUAUAGACAAAAGCCAUUUAAGAUUAAACGUGACACACUAGAUUAUGAUUGGGAAGAUGAAGAAAGAAUCAAAGGAUCACCAACAGCCAGUCAACUAAAACAACUUGUAUCAAUUUGUAAACAAUCAAUAGAAUCCUAUCACCCAGAUGAAAAUUUUGAAAUUACUAUAGAAUUUUAA